GCUCCGCUAUGGAGGCAAAUGGGAGCCCAGGCACCUCGGGCAGCGCCAACGACUCCCAGCACGACCCCGGUAAAAUGUUUAUCGGUGGACUGAGCUGGCAGACCUCACCAGAUAGCCUUAGAGACUAUUUUAGCAAAUUUGGAGAAAUUAGAGAAUGUAUGGUCAUGAGAGAUCCCACAACGAAACGCUCCAGAGGCUUCGGUUUCGUCACCUUCGCAGACCCAGCAAGUGUAGAUAAAGUAUUAGGUCAGCCCCACCAUGAGUUAGAUUCCAAGACGAUUGACCCAAAAGUUGCAUUUCCUCGUCGAGCGCAACCUAAGAUGGUCACAAGAACAAAGAAAAUCUUCGUAGGAGGAUUGUCUGCGAACACAGUAGUGGAAGAUGUAAAGCAGUAUUUCGAGCAGUUUGGCAAGGUAAGUGAUGAGCAUGGCUGGACAGUACCCAUCCACCGGUUUAGGUGGAUCCUGGGAUGUGGUUGCCUAGGACUCUGCUAUAGCUGCAGCCUCUAGAACCGAGUCUUGAACCUCCCCAUCAGUAUUUAUCUGGAACUCCAGGAGCCAAAGUGGAAGAGUCUGGCUUGUGGUUGGCAUGGUGCCUUAUGUGCCUGCAGGAGCACACAGAGUGGCCUUUCAGUACUGUUUUGCUGUCAUUCGCCAGCCACAUGGGGCCAGGACUGGGGAAGGAUGUGGGGCUGUGACUCACAGGACACAGACGCCCACAGAAGCUGUGAGAGGUAAUGGCCUAUGGGUCCAUGCUGGGAUUCCUCCCUUCUUGUCUUUCUGGAAAAUGACAUUCAAACAUGAAGAUCUCUGGGGCCCCUUGGCAGUGGAACAGUCCCCUGUUAAGUGCCCAAGGAGACUUGGGUAAGAUGUUGGCUGUAUGCAUCAUCCUUCUGACCUGAGUGCGGAGGAGACAGUAGCAAACUGAUGUCCCAGGUCUACUGUCAGGCCUGGGAUGGGAGUCCUCGGUCAGGAAACGGAGGGUGAGAAGGUGCGGGGUGCAGUCAGCCACGAAGAUGAGCAUCAGUGGGCGGCGGUUUUGUCAGCUGCUUUCUAGUUGGUGAAAGAGAGGCAGGAGCAAUCUCUUCAGAUGUCAUGCUGCCCUGUGUUGGCCUUUGUGUGAUCUCCUUUCUCUAGCUCCCACAGAAGUCAUAGAUCUAAAGGAGGUUGGCAGGUGAGUGGCUGAGCUGGCUCUCCACUUCCUGCUUCCUUUGAGUAAUUGUGGGUGUUGUCAUGGGAGCCCACGCAUGGGAUCGGCUCCUUCCAUCAGAGGUCUGUGUCUUCCCUGUUGAAAGGCUGACAUAGCAGAGCUCUGUGGUACCCUGGGAAGGCACGGUGCCCGCUCUGAGCUUUUAUUCCUUUACUCCCACGAUGGCCGUCCUGCUUGCCAUCGGCCAGGACAAGGGCACUGCCACCCACUAGUUGGCCUGAAGGUUCUGUGUUUUGUUUGCUUGCCCAGGGCAGUGGACAGCCAUGACUUAAUCACUGUUUGUGUCUCUUCAUGAGCCAGUGCCUGAGACGAGGGCCAUGGCCUUUAUUUAGCUUUGAAUUGAAGAUCUCCCCCGCUCCCCUCUCUCUUGUAUUCAUCAAUUUCUACAUGGAUGGGAGACCAUGCAACAAGGAGAAACCAGACUCUUCCAGUUCAGCUAUGCUUUUGAUGUGGGCAUGGAGUUGCCCACCCAGAAAGGUUUUGAAAGCAGCCUUUCCCACAGUCCUCCUGGCCUUCCUUCCCAUCUGGGGGGCUUAUUCAUUCUGGGUGGCUCACAGGGAAAGCUAGGUGUACUGAUGCCCACUGACCACCAGAGUUACAGGGCUGCUUUUUCUGAGAGCGAUUUAUGGCACUAGGGGGAGGUAACCAUCACUCCCCCCCUCCCCCCAUCGCCUAGGGAGAGGGAUUGGAAGUAAUUAAAUGAGACCAGUCCUUCUUGCACUUUACUCUGGAGGGUGGGCCCUCUCUCAUAUCUUCCUGCCUUCAAAUAGAGUCCAGGGGUAGUGUUUGCAAACACGAAGUGGGAUUUCUUUUUCUAGCCAUAACCUGCCUUGGAAUCUCAUGGGCCCAUUUGCAGAUGUCAGGGAGGUUGCCGCUGCCUAGAUGAGUUGUUAGUGUAUUCUAGACAGGCUUAUACUUGCUGCAGACAGCACAUCUGCACAUCUCAACCUUGCUUACUUGCUUGCUUGAUUCUCAGCAGCAGGGGGAUGCUCUGUAGGCUUUUGCCGUGCCCGUGGCAGCUUCCAAUGCCAUCUCGAGGAUAGUUGUCCCUUUGUCUCCGCAGCAGUCAUAGACCAUCUUCCUUAACAUGGCACUUGCUGGCUCGGAUGCUGCCCAGUUAAUUGUGCAGUAAUAUUUGGGGAUCCUGACAGGAUGCAUAAACUUACAGAGUGUUUUAUUAAAGGACUAAGGAGGCUUUUGGAUGUAUCAAAACCCGGUAACACUCUCUGUUCACGAGCUAGCAGCUCAUUUCGUGCAUAUGCUUGAACGCUAUCUGCGCUUGUGUUCCAAAGAGCUUAUUUGUCAUUUGCUGGAGUCUGGUGUGUUAUGACUAUGGCACCCUGGGCAGGGUUCACUGCCUCUCAGGAUUCUGGUAUUGUUCAUUUGAAUCCAGAAUGAUUGCAGUAGGGAGAGUGGCUUGGUAGGCCUCAGGGGCUGUGAGUAAAACCAGCCACGGGAAUGGGCAGAUGGACAAACUGACUGUAUCUUUUGUUAGAGUAUAUUCUGGUGUGCAGGGGCAGGGGUGGGCUGUGAAGGUGGAUAUUAAUACAUAGAGCAUCUUACAGCAUGCACGCAUGAGGUCAUGUGGGGACGUCUGGAAGCCAAUGGCAAAUUAGUGUAAGUUUAUUCCCUAAUGAGUACUAACUGUCAAAUGCCAGGUUGAGCCAUUUACUUGUUUAACUUUUUGCUGGCAUCCCUGUGUUUCCGCAUAAGUUGGGGUUUUAGUGCUGGCAGGAGAAGAAGGCAUGGUGUGUCCAGUAUGCACACAACAGUGCCCCAGGUUGGUGUUGGGGUAGCCCCCUGGGCUGGGAGGAUAGUAGAGACCACAGAGAUUUAAGUUUGAGCCAGAAUGGCCCACUCUGCUGCUGUGUCUGGACUUCCCCCAUCUCGCUAUGGCCCCUGUGCAGAGUGUGCCAAACUUUGGGUCUCUGUCACCAUCUUUUACUGGCCCUUUCCCUUUUCCACCUUGCCUGAGGUGACAGCUGCUCCAGCUUUUUGUUUCAGGGGCAUGGCCGCUAUCAAGGGGCUGAACUAAGGGGUCGCUUAACUAUGUCAUUGCUGUGAAUGGUUUGGGUACACAGGACACACAGCUUUAAAUAACUCAGACUGGAGGCUUCGCUACCCUUUUUGUUUUUUCCCCACUUUCCUCGAAGAAGAUUUAACACACCUCCCCCCAAGUUAGAAAUGCUGAGGCUUGUUUCUAUCAAAAUGUGAUCAUGGAAUGAAGCCUCUAGCACAGGACUCAGCAGACUUAGAUUGCUGUCACUCCCCACUCGGUGGCUGUUUCUAGUGCCUUCCAUGGAGAAUGGCCAGGUAGGCAGUAUUCCAAAGUCUCUGGGAUGAGCCUGACCACAGGAUGGCCUCUAGCAAUAUAGUGACAGACUUUGGCUCUAGCCUCAGUUUCCCUUCUGGGGAACCUGUUGACGGAUUUGUGAAGGCUGGUAGAUUGCUUUAUAACCCAUAUGGUCUCUAUUGUAGCUUCUGCUAUUGUAGGGUGAAAACAACUGCAGCCCAUAUAUAAACAGAUGGCUGUGCUUGUGUUCCAAUAAAACUUUAUAAAAACAAACAAAGAGCCAGAUUUGGCCUGUGUGUCUCAUUGACCCCUGAACGGAAUUAUUUCCAAGGCUGGUCUUUAAGCGGAGAAAGUCCUGUAGAGAGUGUUUAAAUAGAAGUAGAUAGAAUAUAACCCGAGGUAUUUAUAGACUAACCAAAGAAUACAUUGCUCACAGUAGCAAGCGUGGUAUGUAGUAAGCAAAACAGUUGUCACCACAUUACAGUUUAUUUCUGGGAUUCGUGAUGCAGGGAUAGUGCGUCUUGAUUGGAGACUGCAUUCUUUAUUUGGAAAAGGGCACUAUUUAUAAGCUGGAAUUGUCGUCCUAUGAGUAAGGCCCAGAAAAACUGAGUACGUUACUUUCAGUCUUCCUGUUCCAGGCAGGGUCUGAAUGAUCCAAACUCAUGACGUUCAAACCUUCAUCUUAAGAUGGUUUUACAGUGUGUUGAUGUUUCUGAUUUACAGUUAAUAUGUGUUUGGUGCUGAGCUUUUAAAUGCAUUUUAAAAUGUACUUUAAAAGAUGUCAAGUUGGACACAUGGCAUCUCCAGGAUGGAUGUGGGUGGUGGGAACGAAGUUGUCCAAGCUCACACAGCCAGGCUGAGUAGAGCCCGGAUAGGCCCUCGUGGCACGAGCUAGGCUCUCUGUGCUCUUGAUAAAACCCUGUCUGCUCCUUGGGCAGUCAGCCGACUCUCAUGCACAGGGAACAGGGCUUAUUCAUUUGUCAAAACCCGCUCAUCUCCAGUAAUUUAUUUAACUGCCUUGGUUUCUUGGUGGAUAUUAUCUGUGUUCGUGAUUUCAUACAUAACAGCAGUGAUGUAUAUAGACCAUUUCAAACGCUGGCAGAUGACUGAUGUUCUGAUAUGCUGGAGCAGAACCACUCCAAAGAGCCCAUCUCUUAACAAAGUGCCCUGGGCUGCAGAAGCCCUCCUCCUCCUCCUCCUUUCCCCACUCCCCUUUGGGCUCCUCCGUAAGUUCCAUUCUCAUACUUACAUUCAUGAUAGAAAUUUGAUCAAAGAGGACUGGAAGCAGAGUUGACCCCUCUGCCUUGUGCUGGAUGGAGAAGAAAGUUUCCCAUUUCUCAGCUGCUCCCGAGGCGAGGCGCCAGGGCAGCGCCAGUGGCCAGCUCUGCUCCCCUCAGCUCCCUAGGUGAUGCUGACUUCACAGUACUCCGGUGAGAGCCAUGGAGGCUUCCAAUUAUACUCCACAGGGCGAGCUGUGUAAUUACUUUGGAAGACGUAUGCUUAGUCAUUGGUUUAUCCUAAUCGGCUUUGGCUUUUCCCAACAACAAAGUGAGCUCAUUUUGCUGAGCCGAACCGACUCUACACCCUUUGUCUUGGUGUCCAUUGUCUCUCUCCUUUCAUUCUGUCUUACUGCCAGCGUUCUGUUUCAUUAGGCCGGCAAGUCAUUUCCAAUCCAGUGGGCUGCUACAAUCCAGCCUUUUAUCACCCGCUGCCCUGGUUCCCAUGUCCCCUCUGGGCCUGGGCCUGAGUCUGUGGCUUGAUAUGAGGGCCUUAACCCCUUCGUGGGCCAGCUGGUGGUGGUGAUGGUGAGGGGCAAAGACAGCAAGGAAGGAUAGGG